AUUUGGUUGGGGGCAAUGCUAACCGUAGGCUGCUAUCGCCGUGCUGCGAGAUUGAUUUAAAGCACCAAAUUAUAAUCUGAGUGAGUUGCAAAUGCGUGAGCUGCUAUGGCACCGUUCGGAAAGAAGUUUCUGAAAGCGCGCUUGAAAAACAGGUCCGAAGGCAGAGAUGGCGAGCCGGGGAAGGAGAUACAGGUGUGGGUGCGGCGGGAGGAGAAGACGGUGUGCGGGCUCACGAAGCACACCACCUGCGCGGAGGUGGUCCAGGCGCUGCUGGAGGACCGGGCCUCGCGCCCGCCGGACGCCGGGGGGGCCGCGCCCGCGGAGUACUGCCUCCUGGAGAGGUGGAAGGGCUUCGAGCGCGCCCUCCCGCCCCUCACCCGAAUCCUGCGCCUCUGGACCGCCUGGGGGGACGAGCGGCCCUUCGUGCAGUUCGUCCUGGUGAGCGCGCGCGACUACGGGCCUCGGCUCGCGGGGUCGCCACCGCUAUCACCGCUAUCGCCGCUGCCGCUGUCGCCGCCGGGGUCGAAGGUCGGGGACCAGGCCCCGGCGCAGUACGUCAGGUCCCUGCCGGUGGACAGGCAGAAGAGGAUGGUGAGGAAGGCCUUCCGGAAGCUGGGGAAGAUGCGGGAGCAGGAGCGGGCGACCUCGCCCGGGGACGACGGGGCGAUCGGCGGCCUGGUCCAGCUGAUCAUCUCCCAGGACCGCGCCCUCCGGGAGCAGGCCCUCAGGAUGCGGGAGCUGGACCGGGAGAUCGAGCGCGCCGAGUGGGGGCUGGGGGCGGCCCUCGAGACCCCCCCCGACCUCGGCUCGGCCGACAGCGUGGCCCGGCUGGCGGCGGGCGACCCGGGCGGCGCCGACGGGCUCGGGCGCCUGGACAGGCAGCUGGAGCGGCACAGGGACCUCAUCCAGCGGCUGACCCGCGACAUCGACGCGGAAAUGCGGGGCGCGUGCUCGGCGGCGGGCGCGGGCGAGCCGGCGGGCGGGGGGGGGCUCGGCUCCAGCGCCCCCCCUCCCCCGGACGACGCGGCGGAGACGGAGCGGGUCAGGAGGGACCUGGAGCACAGCAUGUACCGGGGCCUCGCCCUCAACGCGCAGCUGGCCGACCUGGACCGGGAGCUGGAGCUGAACCAGGCCGUCCUCGCCUCCAAGAGCCGGGAGUGCGAGAUGCUGGCCGAGCAGCUGAGCGCGCUCCGAGCCGACGACCCCGCCCGCGACCACGCCCACGACCCCGCCCACCUCACGGAGGAGCCCGGCCACGCCGGCGCCGCCCACACCGAGCUCCGGAAGGUUCUCUCGCACGGCGACGGGACGGACACCGACUCGGACACGGGAAUAAGCUCCACCCACAGCCAGGACUCCCUGUCCCCCUGCGGGGACGUGCGCCCCCCACUGGAGACUCAAGUGUAAUCGCCCUCUCGGAUGGCGAACGCACUGCGACGUAUUAUAAACACACCGACCUUUCGGAAAAGUGUACACCGUGGAUAUAUUUCACCGCAGCGUAUUUUAAAAAUACGUACAUUGCGAUAACUGAAUCAUUUGUAUAUUUGCCCGUAUGUUGUGAAGCGCUGCAGUAUGUUGACUGUUGGAAUAUAUUUUUUAGUGUGUUCCAGGUCCAUCAAACCACUGUGUGAAUCAAAGUAAGCUACCAUUAUCAUUAUUACUAUCUGCAUCAUUUUAAGGUGAAUCCAAAAGCUAGAGGAAUUGCUCAGUAUUUCAUUGGCUGCUGUUGUCCAGGUUCUGGCUGUCAGUUACAGAGACCCCAAGGGGUUAGGCAAGAGAAGAGCGCAGUAACAUAGUUUCACCACAAGGGGCGCUGGCCAGGGUUUGCAAUCUGCACUUGUUUCGAUUUUUUUGAAGGCAUGUAGUUCUCUGUACAGUUGUUGAUUAUAGUUUUUAAAGUCUUUUUCCCACGGUGCAGGACUGCCUGCUGCCGUGGGCUAUGCGUGGCAAACAAUGGUCACUCACUCACUCACUCACUCACUCACUCAUGGGCGACCUGAGAGGGACGUUUGGUAGGACACAUGCGCAUGUGAUGCUUCGUUUAGUAGGACGCAUGCGCAGGUGCAUCUCCCAAAAUCACCACUUCGAACGGCAUGAGAUUUUUAGGCACAGCUUUGUCACCUAACAUUACAUUAGCUAACCCUAACAUGUUAGCGUUUCACCUACUUUAGUUAACCUAGUUAGCACGUACCACCGAUACAGAUGUAUGGACACACGGAGGACAACAAAUAAUGUUACAGAGGUGUGCCGUGGGUCUGGACGGUUUCGUGCUUGUUUAUUAAUUUCUGUUAGAAUUCCUUACUUGAAUACUUUUUGCCAUUUUCAUUUUGAUUCUUCAAGCUGCUGUUCAUUUUUGUUUCCACGUGGCUUAAAUUUCAGUUUAAAUUUGAAUGUAAAACAACUAGCACUUAAAAUAGUUGGCAUAUUUUUUGAUAAGAUGUGCAUAAUUGUUUAAGUUUGAAAUUUAAGUUGUUUUAUAUUAAAACAUGCCAAAUACCCGUAAGUUUAUCUCACACGUGCCUUCAGUAAUUAUUUUGUAUUGUGCGGUGAGGUGUCAAAGAAUGAUGUUGACAUAAUUUGUUUGUUAAUAUAGAAAAUAUGUUAAAUAUGUUCCAUAAAUGUCUAAAAUAAAUAUUUUCCGUACAAAAUA